UCAGCCUUGAUUUUCUUGCUCUGUGGUUAAAUAUUGAUAAUAAGGAGAAACUGAGGGUCAGAGAGGGCAUUCCUGCCUCCUACACAUACCUUGGCAGGGGAGUGGGGAGGCCCAUAUUGCCCAAGUGCUCUGUAAGUCCCUGUCCUGGAGCUGGCAGGAGGGGCUGGCACACAGGGACAGCAUUAGGCUCCUGGUUUCUGCAGAUUGUGAAAUCGGGUGACGCCUGCUUGCUCUCUGAGGUCUCUCAUUCAAGAGGUCAUUCACCCCAGUGAGGCAGAGAAGGUUGCCGGCCUGGGCGUGUACUAUGGGCAGAACCACUACAAGGACCUGGCUGCUACGGGUUGUGCUGGCACUGACCGCGGUGACAGCUACAUCUGCCCAGGACAGCUCAAGUGUACCUACUGUACUCCCGGGAAGAGGAGGAAGAGGAAGAGCCAGAAAUCAGUGCUGCUCCCCACAGCGGAUCAAGGCAAGCUGCAGCGGAUCUUCAGGGAUUGGCUGCCCAGGGACUGGGAGCUUGCAGGCCUGGAGGGUAGCUGAGUCAAGAAGCCAGAAAGGGGUCCCAAGCAGGAGGCAGGUCAUGGACCCCACCGAGGUGGCUCUGACAGCCCCACCUGGCACUGCAGUGCCCCAGGAGCUGCUGGCUGAAAUGCUUUGGUUUUUCCGCAUGGAAGACGCAAGCCCUUGGAAUUACUCCAUCCUCGCUCUGACAGUGGUGGUGGUGGGGCUAAGCAUAUUCCUCCUCAUAAGAAACAUCCAGGGCAACAGGAACCGAAAGAUGCAGCAGCUGGAAAAAGCAGUUCCGGAAGCCCUAUACUUAAAAGAGGUCAGAUCUAAAGAGGGCAAGAACCAGAACAACCUUAGAGAGUCUCUGCUCUCAGAAAAGCUCAACUGGGCCUCAGGGGAAAUGGAGUUCAAAGACAGCACUGAACCACCAAUCUUUCUUCGAGACCCAGCGGAAACAGCCAGCUGAGGGGCAUACAGAGAACAUCCGGGUCCCAAUCAGGAGUGAGUUCAACUUGGCGGCUCCUAACUCCCCAGGCCUUACAGCCUUCCCAAGCACCCAAGUGCUUCUGUGAACAGCCUGGAAUUAACACAAAAUUCUGUUAUUUAAAAAAAAUCUUUUAUUAAAAUGUUUCUGGCAGUG